AUAUAUUUUAAAUUCUCUUUUUUUUUUAAAAAAAAUAAUAAUAAUAAUACACGAACACACACACGAAUACACAUACACAUAUAUUUAUACAGAAUGCCUGCCACAACAUCAAGCGGAUUACCAACAACAGCACACAUCCAUCCCCUCGUGCUCCUUUCCGCAACUGACCAUUACAACAGAGUCGCCACUGGCUCAAAGAAGAGAGUUGUCGGUGUUCUUUUGGGCCAGCAAAAGGGCAAGAUUGUGAAUGUCUCCAACAGUUUUGCGGUCCCAUUCGAAGAAGAUGAAAAGGAUCCCUCUGUGUGGUUCUUGGAUCACAAUUAUGUCGAGGCUAUGAAUGACAUGUUCAAAAAGGUCAAUGCCAAGGAAAAGAUGAUUGGAUGGUAUCAUAGUGGACCAAAGUUGCGUGCAUCGGAUUUGGAGAUCAAUGAACUCUUUAAGCGCUAUACACCCAACCCGGUUUUGGUUAUCGUAGACGUAAAGCCCAAGGCAGCCGAGAUCCCCACCGAUGCCUACUUUGCUAUUGAGGAAAUCAAGGAUGAUGGCACUGCUACCACAAAGACAUUCAUGCACAUUUCGUCCGAAAUUGUGGCAGAAGAAGCAGAAGAGAUUGGUGUGGAGCAUCUUUUGAGAGACAUCAAGGACAAUGCGGUCGGUACUUUGUCUACCCGAAUCCACGCUCAGCUCGGAUCUCUGUCUGGUCUUCAGGGCCGUCUUGAAGAAAUCAGAGAUUACCUCCAGAAGGUUGUGGCCGGAAAGCUGCCCGUGAACCACCAGAUCAUCUACAACCUUCAGGAUAUCUUUAAUCUCUUGCCUAGUCUGGAGUCUCAGGGUAUGGUCAGCGCCUUUAGUGUCAAGACAAACGACCAGCUGUUGAUGAUCUACCUUUCAAGUCUCAUUCGUUCUGUUAUCGCACUCCACAACCUCAUUGAUAACAAGAUUGAAAACCUUCAAGGAGAAGGUAUUUUGCCCGUAACUGGUAGUGAGGUUACGGAGGUAGCUCAGAAAGAAGAAGCAGAAGCAUAAAAACAAAGAAGAACAAAUCCUAUCCCUCUCCCCUUCCUUCUCCUCUCAGUCUUUCUCUCUCAACAACAACAACAAAUACAACAACAGAAUUCUUUUUUCUUGUAUAU